AUGGGAAUCAAGGAUGCAUUUGAGAUGAAGGAUAUAAGCAGACUGUUUGAGAACUGCUCGUUUGUUUCUGAGCCUUUGGAGAAAGCGGUGAUUGCAAGAUUCAUUUCCUCAAUGGACAAGAAGAAGCAUAUUGAGGGAAUGCGCAGCUUGGUGUGCAGGAUGCAGCGUGGAGAAGAUAUGUCGGUGUUGUGCAAUGACGUAAUGAGGGCGAUUGACACGCGGAAUGUUGAGUUCAAGAUUUUGCUAAACCAUUAUCUUGUGAAGUAUACUCAGGAAUGGCCUGCAAAGCAGCUGAUGUGCAUUAACACUCUGCUCAAGGACUUUGGAGAUGAGUCGCAAGAUAUAAGGCAUAGUGCAAUUGAAUACAGUGGGCUGCUUGGCGAUGGAACAGUCAUAAAAAACUACAUCAGUGCGUUGAGGGUGCAUGCAUCAAGCAAAUGUGCUGAUACAAGACAGAAAGUAGCAUGCUCAUUGAAGAAUUACUUUGCAAAGGAUCCUCAAUUGUUUCGUGACGAAGGGCUGUGCGAUUUGCUAAGGUACCUGGUUUUUGAUGGUAAUCAUGCAGUAAGUGCAUGCGCAAUGAAUACUGUUCGUGCUGUAGAGGAAGCCUUUGCUGUGAAGGAGCACGCCAGGGUUUUGUCUGUUGCAGACAUCAACAGGCUUUUUGAGAAGUAUUCUAGAUGUAGAAGCAGAGACGCGCUUGGAUGUCUUUUGGAGGUGAUGAAGAACAGAGCCAGUGAGUUUAACGACACUGCGCUGCUUGGGUGCUGCAUGGCAUCAUGUGACUUCAGAGUAUUCUACUUAGGAUCAUCAUUGGCGAUUAUGAUUGAUCCUUCGCUCCGACAGCCAGUUUUUGACCAUCUUCGAGGAUUCCUUUCGACAAAUGAUGAUGAGCUGUAUUUUGUACUUGAGUAUGCAGAGCUACUUGUUGAACAUGUGCAGUAUGACAGCUCAUGCUUUGCAAUAUUCGAUAACGACAGUAUUCACAACAAGAUCAAAAAAAUCAGGCUGUUGUUCAACAAGUUGGACGAUGUUUCGAUUGCAGAGGUCAAGAGGCAGUGCAAUAACUUGAGAUUGACUGGCACUAUUUUGGCAGAGUCGAUCCGUGCGGACUAUCCAAUUGAGGAUCUUUUCCAAAGAACAGGGAGUAUAGAUGAGGCAAUUCGGAUAUUGUACAAGGCAGAUGUUUUGUCUGCGAAGUGGGGGGUUUUGCUCAAUCAGUUUCUGAACAGUAUAUCUGGCAUCAAUGAGAAGCAGAAGUACAUCUACUUGUGCGGAAUCUAUUGCCAUACCGUUCCGGCAGAGAUUAUCUUGAUUCAACGCCAGAGCAGUGUACACCUUACAGAUGAGCUUAUCAGGUUCUAUCUCAACAUGUACAGAAGAGGUAUACACGGCAUCGGCAUAACUAUUGAGAGUUUGAUUAAUAUUCAGAAACACUCCACAAGUAAAGAAAAAAUAAGGAUGGUUGUAUCUACAUUGAAAGCGCAAGGAUUGUGUGGUUUUAGGGUGUUCUGCAGUUUGAAGAGAAACGACAGCAUACAUGAAGCACAGCAUUCUGAAUACUUGCAUCCGGUUGCAAAGUCAAUACUUGAUGUUAAACCUUAUUAUGGAUAUGAUGAUUCAGGCAUAGGGAAACCUCAUGAUGAUUGCGAAAGACAAAUGAACAUUAGGAAGUGCUUGGUUCGUGGCGAAAGCUUUAUCGAAAGUGAAUUCGUGGGCAGAGGCCAAGAAACCUGCUAUGAGCAAGACAAUGCUUGUGCUAGUGCAAAUACACAUAUUCAUAACUCUACUUCAAAUAGAGAACUGUACGAUAGAUCUUCUACUAUACAGCAAAGUAUUGCUGAUCCACAAGAUGCUUGCUCACGGAGUAUGUCUCCGCUAUUCACAGCCCAUCGGGACGAAGAGAACACUUGGGCUAGGUUUGCAGAGUGCCAGCCACAUGCAGAUCUCCCAGACACUCAAGAAACUUACACGGCAGAGAAUGGCAUAAUUAGGUUGAUUGACACAAACGGAUUGAAAGGUGCGCUGUGCAUCGCCAAUAACGAAAUAUCUCUACAGGUGGAUGUUCUUGAGUCAAAAAUAUCUAUUUAUUACGAAUGCAGAGGAUGGCCAAGCAGAAAACGAAUCGCACAGGAAGGCACAUAUCCCCUUCUCAAGAUAGACUCGUGUGCCAUCAACUCGAAUUUCAGGCUGACAAUAGGAAAGUCGAUUUACGAUGUGCUUCUUGAUGUAAGCCUUUUUAUGAAGCCAUUCAGCUGUACCAAGGAUGACUUUGUCAAAAGCUUUGCUGCACAACGCGAUUCAAUUACAUUACAGACAUGCAAUGCCAAGCAUCUACAUCUACUAGCUAACAAAAGGCAUGCAUUCGAAGUUGGCAAUGGCUUAUUUGCAUUUUCUAUCCUUGGAUCGGCGGCAUACGCAACACAUUCUGCCAACCAAGUCGUAAUAAGGAGUACAAGGCGAGUGCUGAGUACAAUCUCACAAACAAAAUAA